AAGAAAAAGAGAAAAUGUUGAUAAAAAAUUGAAAGGCAUAAUAAUAUUUUCCUCGUCAAAGUCCAAUAUUAAAGAAGUCCCCUUCUAACGCAAAUUAAACCCCCUCUCCUCACUUCUCUCUCCCUACACUUUCUCUCUCUAAAACUCACACACACCAAAACGCAAAAAAACACACACUCCUCUUGUUCAUAUAUAUUUUCGCUAAUUACCUACCUUUAAUUUUCGAGAAAGUUCCUAAUGGAUACCGCCCCGGAAUUCUACGGCCAAACAGGGUGCUACUACGGCGGCGGCGGCGCCGCCACAUUCACGACGGAGAAGCGCCUCUCUGACGCCAAAAAUGGGGACCAUUUCGUCAUUGAGGACCUUCUGAACUUCCCCACCGACGAGGGUAUGUUGUCCUCCGACGAAGGCGGAGUACUUGACGAGGCGGCAGCGGCGGCGGCGAUCACCUCCUCCGCCGUGGUUGACACCUCAUGCAACUCCUCCUUCUCCGCCGUCAAUGCUGAUCAGCCGCAUUUUCAGUACCAAUCUGCCGACUUUGCUGGGUCCCGCGGCGGCCACUUCUCCGGUGAACUUUGUGUCCCGUAUGAUGAUUUGGCUGAGCUAGAAUGGCUAUCGAAUUUUGUGGAGGAAUCGUUUUCCAGCGACGAUUUGCAGAAGCUGCACAUUAUCCAAGGAAUGAAGACCCGACCCGACCAACUUCCGGUUCCGGAUACCCACCACCAGUACCACUUCCAGCCCGAAUCAUCCCAAACGGGUCGGAUCCUCCGCCCCGAACUUUCUGCCCCCGCCAAGGCCGCCCGCAGCAAGCGCUCGCGCGCCGCGGCCCCGGGGAACUGGACUUCGCGCCUCCUCGCGGCGCCGCAAGCCAACGCCGCCGUCCCCGCCGCCUCUUCCUCGUCGGAGUCCGACGUGGCCGCGGCCAGGUCGGCCGUGUACAGCAAGAAGAAGGAAGGCCCGGAGAACUCAUCCUCCGCCGGCGGCGGCGAAGGGAGGAGGUGCGUCCACUGCGCCACCGAUAAGACGCCGCAGUGGCGGACGGGGCCGAUGGGGCCGAAGACGCUGUGCAAUGCGUGCGGGGUGAGGUACAAAUCGGGGCGGCUGGUGCCGGAGUAUCGGCCGGCGGCGAGCCCCACGUUUGUCCUGACGAAGCACUCGAAUUCUCACCGGAAAGUGGUAGAGCUGAGGCGGCAGAAAGAGCAGAUGAGAGCUCAACAGCAGCAGCAGCAGCAGCAGCAGUUUCUGCACCACCACCACCACCACCACCACCACCAUCAGAGUAUGAUGUUUGACGUAUCCAACGGCGGCGAUGAUUACUUGAUUCAUCAACAUAUCGGCCCCGAUUUCCGGCAGUUGAUUUAGCUUUUUCUUUUUUUAGAAAUGAGGUUUAGGGAAUUUUCCUAUUUUUCUUUUUUUUCUUUUUCUUUUUUUGUUUUCUACAACAUUAAUUCCUAACUUAUUGAAUUUUUGCACUGUUUUUUUUUUAUAAUGGAUUUGCCAAAAUAGGGCAAAUUAUUGAACCAAUUUUGGUUAUAUGAAGAACUUAUCAUUUCUUCUGAUUUCUCUUUGCAUUAUUAUUACGGGUAAAUUACAGUAACUGAGGUAAAGUCAAAUUACGAAAAAAUAUUUUAUGUUUAGGUAAUUAUGAAAACUUCCUUAAUUAUGAGUCUUCUUACACGUCGACCCUUAUGAUAUCGAAUUUAACAUAUGCUUUUAGAUUCUGUGGAAUAUUCUCUAAUUUGUAUUUGUUUUGUGCAAAAAA